AGUGCAUCGUGCACCGGACGGCUUCGAUCCGUUUGUUCGACACUGGUUCGAACUACACCCUCUCUCCCUCUUUCCGGUGGUUUAGUGACACAUCCUUUAGACGCGUGUGAUAGCACAUCCUUCCCGCAGUGACCACGGACGUCCGCUUGUCAGUGUUGAUUGAAUGUUUUCAAUUCCUUGGAAAUCAUAUGACAAAAAGUGCAUAUGACAGGAUUGUUGAUUGACGGCAUCGACGAGCCGAACCGUGUGAAACGAUAAGCAUCCCUUAAUGCUUGAACGACCGCACGUGCUAGUGUAAGCAUCUCUUGCUGUGUACGUCUCCUGCACCAUGCCAAAAAGCGUGCCAAAGACCGGUGACAGAUACACCGGCAGCAGCAGCACCUGUCAGCCGUCCGGUGCAAGAAAGCGAAAACACGAACCUGUUGCAUCCGGUCCGUACCAGCUAGCGGACCGGUCUAUCACUAGCAGGAAGCCCGUUUCCACGGCAGCACGAUCAUCAGCGGCCAGUCAACAGUCGCCCACCGUUGCCAUGCCCUCCAGUGCGUCCGAAUCCCCUCCGACCGGACGUGGUGCGGCAGCAACGGACUUGAUGCUGCAAGCGCUCGGCCGCAUACGGGAGCUACAGGAUGAGCUGGAUUUUUUACAAAAUGACCCGUACGCAGAAGACACGGACGACGAGGAGGAGGAGGGGGCCGGGGUCGAAGUGCAGCACGGCGCUGUGAGGCAGCCGCCGGUGCAGGUGAUCGGUGGUCGCCAAGCGAAAGCGAUCGGAUGGGCAGUUUGUGCCCGGGAAACGAUGCAUUUUCUCCAACGUGAAGGCAUCCCGCCGGACAGCCCGCUGAUGGUGAACCUGCGGCGACGGUUGGUCGGUCGGGCUCGGGAUGAUCCGGACGAGGGAUGUGCGUCCUGCUAA